AACUAUGGUGUAGUACAAUUUCCGUUCUUUCAGUUUUCACUGAUGUUAAUUUAUUUCCGCACGUAGUUACGGAAAUCAUCACGUUACUACUGUAAAAUGAAUUCUAAUCCUAAAAAUAGGCGACAGAUUGACGUUAAAAUAAAAUUAGAAAUUUUAAAUGCAGUUGAUGAAGGUGGAAAAAAAAGUGAUAUAGCUAAACGUUUCGACAUCCCGGCAUCUACACUUUCGACCAUAUUAUCCAACCGGGAACAGAUUGAAAACAACGCUUCUCUGGUAGGGACAAAUCGAAAACGUGAUAGUAUGUAAAAAUGAUGACUUGGACAAGAUACUUUUUGACUGGUUAAUGGAGGCUAGGGUAUCUAACUUCAACGUCUCUGGGCCGAUUUUACAAGAAAAGGCACGCCAGGAAGCACUGGGGAUGGGAAUUGAUAAUUUCCAAGCAUCAAAUGGUUGGCCAUUAAACAAGUGUAUUCUAUGUACUUUUUCAUGUUUAGUUCCUCAUAUCGUAUUAAACAGUCAGAAAGACAGUUCUAGCCAUUUAUGUGAAGCUUUAUGAUGACUAGAAAUAUAUUGUGUGAAACCUCCAUUUAACAAACCCCUUUACAACAAACACAACAAAUUUUGGUCCCUUGAGAUUUGUUAAAUAGAGGUUUCACUGUAUUACCUAUGAGUAAAAAUAAGUUAAUAUGGUUGUUCUUGGAUAGAGUCUUAGCGAGAAUUUAUUUAGUAAAGAAUAUUUUAUUUUAGUUUUUUUGUUAGUCUCGAGCCUCAUAGCCUCCCAUGCCACCUUAUUAUAUACUUUUGUUUGUUGUUGGAUUCUACACCCACACAACAGGGAAGGGCGAAGUUGUGGAUAUCUUUUGGCUUUCCUGUAACAGUGGAGUGUAGAAGGUUUUUGUAGAUCCCCGGUAAGGUGAGGUCUAGCUGUAGGCCGGGGCUAGAAAAAAAUAGCUGCGCCACUCUGCAAGGUACAGGAGGCAAAUGGGGAUGUGGCAGUUGCGCUAGUUGUGCGUCAUCAUGGCUGUAAGCAGGAUUUAUAAAUUGAACAAGCAAGGGCUCAUAGUUAAUCUUCAAGCGGCUGAUAUCUCAUUUGACGAGGAUGACAACAUAUAUUCUUUAAGACGUAAAUUGUCUGAGCAUGUGAAAGGCGAGUCAAGGUCAAGCAGCAGUCCGCUAGAAAUUACGUCAGCUGUCCAGAAACAAAGUUUGUUGUUCAAUGUACAAAGUAAAUUUGCUUAUGAUAACGUGAACAGCGUAACUUUUUUACGUGGAGGGUGAGCUGCUGACAUUGUUCAAUUUUGUCUAGAAGAAGAUAAAAUUCAGGAUUAAAAAUUUUGAAAAUGAAAGUGAUGUGUUACGUUGCGUGAUAGGAAAAUGUGACGGAGUAGCACGGAUGAUUUUGGGGAAAAGCCUAGACAAAAAUUUAAGUUGGUGGAAAACCAAAGAAUGUUUGCAGGAUAAUUUGUGCCCAUGCAGAAUUAAAGAUAUAUUAAAGAGGGAGCAAGUGUACAGUUUUCAAAGGUCAGGGGAAAGUAAGGUGGAGUACGUCACACGUGUUUCUGAUGCGAGUAAAGCCUUGUGUAUAACUUUGUCUAGUGACGAAUUAAUUUAUCUUGUCAUUGAAAACAUGCUACCGGUUCUGCAACAUGAAUGCACUUUAAAUGAUAAGCCUAAAGACGGGGCAUAUAUUAUGCAGUGGGCUAUGGAAGUUGAUAAUUUGUGGUGUGCCUGUCAAGAAUUCUCCAGUAUGGAGGAAAAACGGGAGUUAAAAGUAAAUUUUGCUGGGAAAGUUGUAUGUUACCAUUGUGGAAAAGCGGGGCACGUGAUGAAAGAUUGCGGAGUAAGGCAAUUUCGUGGAAUAAAAGGCAUGACGUGUUUUAAUUGCGGGGUGCUAGGACACGUAGCCGCUAGGUGUGGAGGUGACAAAAAUAAACCUUCAAGGAAAAUAGAAAAAAAAAAAAUCGUAAGGAAUUCAACUGAGGACAAGAGCGUGGGAGAAAGAAUUGAUGAGAGGAAAUAAAGAUCGUAGUAAUUUUCGUAGGUCGUGUUAUUUUGCGGUGACCAUGGGCAUGUGAAAGCUAAUUGUGUGGCGAGGCAAUGAAAUCCUACGUGAGGCGGGGAAAAUUUUUGUUAUUAUUGCCGGGGCAUAGGGCAUAAGAAGUACGCGUGUCAGAUUAAGGAGGAGCAUUGUAUUUGCCAUUUUUGUAAUAAACGGGGGUAUGAUAGCAGUGCCUGUAGGUUUAAGAAGAUAAAAAAAAUACGGAUUUGGAGAUAAACAUGCCUGACGGUUAUUCGCGACGGUAAAAACCUCUGCAUUAAUGUGUUAAUGUAUGAUGAAAAGGUGAGCGCUUUAGUGGACAUGGGUGCGAGUGGUAGUUUUAUAAAUCAAGAUUUCGUGAGUAAAUUGGUAAAUUAAAAAAGGGAACUCCGCCACUUAAUAAGAGUGGGGGAGGAAAUUCAGAUUUGUUUAGCUGACGAGAACAAAAUACCCGUUAAAGUGAAAGUGAAAUUGCAUUAUAAAAUAGAUAAAUUUUCAUGGACUAGAGAUUUUUGGGUAAUUCCGGACCUGACCCAGGAAGUGGUGUUAGGAAUAGAUUUUUUGUCCGAUACGCACGCGGUAAUUGAUUGUAGACGGCGCGAGUUGAAGUUUUUGUUUAAUGACAUGUGUCGGAUUAAACUUGAAAAGAAUACCAAGGGAAAACAAUUUGUGGAGGUAUAGAGGGAAGUAAGGGGUUUUUGGAGGCCGAAAAAAUUAACAUGAUUGAAAAAAUUAUUUCAUAUUUUGAAUAUGUAAUAACAGAAAAGGUGGGGAAAUGCACUGUAAUGCCAUACCAUAUACAACUGACGGACUGUAAUGCCAUACCAUAUACAACUGACGGACUGUAGUCCCAUAAAGUGUGGUCCAUAUCAAUGCGGUCACCCAAAAUAAAAGCCUUUAGAGAAAUAAUACAGAAUUUGGAGGAAGACGAUAUUAUUGUUAAAUCUAAAUCUUUAUUUGCGUCUCCUGCCUUUUUAGUAAAAAAGAAAACUCCAGGGGAAUUUUGUUUGGUUUUGGAUUAUAGGAUUUUGAAUCAACGUAUUAGGCUAGAUCCAUUCCCGUUACCGAAAAUUGAGGUUGUGUUACAGUAUUUGGGGGGGGGGGGGGGGGAAGGUACUUUACCGUGAUAGGUCUGAAUGCGGCUUUUCACCAGUGUGUGCUGGAUAAAGAAAGCAGGGCUUGCACUGGGUGAAAUGGUAGAUUAAGGGAAGUAGGCACUAAUGCAUUUUUGUACGCUUAUUUAUACUGUGUGUAUAACAAUUAUUGUAUUCUUUUCAUUAUAUUUCUAUCAUGUAUGUUGCUAUAUUUUCGUCUAUUUUGAUGUGUUUUAUAUAUAUGUGAUAAUAUAUUGAUAUACUAGAUAUUUGAUUUCAUUUGAAAUUAAUCACUUACGAUUUGUUCUUGUGGUUCUUCGAGCUGUUCUUCAUUAUGUUCUAAAUACGAUGAUGCAUUGGCCAAAUUGUUAACACUUUCAGCCGUUGACACAGCCAAGUCCAAAUUGUCGACGCUUUCAGUCCGUCUUUCAUGGUCACUCAGAAAUUGCAGCAUACCGAAAUACCACAACUGGGGUUUAUAUAUCUCUUCUGUUCCGCUUCCAGACUUCAAUGACUUGUGUACCUAAUAAAGUUACAAUAAUAAAUAAUAUGUAACAAAUUAGCCCUACACUGCAUAGUGUAUCAUUCAUGAUACAACCACUUAUUCAUGGCUCGUCUGCCAUCUAGUGAGAAACAGUUCAACCAUAGAUAGCGUGUUACACGCAGCGUGCCAGCUGGAAGCUAUAGUUCUAAUCCUAAUUGUUAGGUAGCAGCCCAAGUCAUUUUUUUACACUCUUGGGAAAACUGCACGCUUGUUUCUGGAUUUGUCUAUUUAUUUCAUAUUCAACAUUUUUGCAGAGAGAUUACUUCAACGCAGGAAGACUGAUAAAAUUAUACGCGCUUUCGGAAUGAAGCAGAGAAAAAAGACAGGUGUGAUUUUUCCUUCGGAAAGUGAAUCUAGCUUGGGAUUGUCUGAUGAUUCAAAUGCAGACCCAACAUUUCGACUUACAUCAUGCGAAAGUUCUGCUUCAACUGAAUGCAGUGACAGUGAGCAGUAUUCCGAAGAAACUGUAAGCACAUCUGGUCCAAGUACUCCUAAAGGUAACAUUACUGGUAGCCUUCAGCCAACAAAGAAGCAGGUGUCAUUUCCCAGAAAACUUGUCUGGAAGAUCGGUAACUUAGAUGUGCCAGCUUGGUAUGCGGACACAGUUCCAGUGCCUGUAGGAGACUUUUUCAUGAAUUUGGAUACACCUUUCCAGUUUUUCAACUAUUUUUUUGGAGAUGAGAUUUUUGAGAAAAUACUUUCAGAGUCUCAGCACUAUGCCAUCCAAAAAGACCCAAACAAACCUUUAGCGAUAAAUAAGAAUGAAUUGAAAAAGUUUGUUGGAAUUUGUAUUAUCAUGUCAGUGGUUCACUUACCCAACACGAGGUCAUACUGGAAUGCUUCUUUAGGAAACACAAUUAUACAAGAGACCAUGAGCUGCAACAGAUUUGAAAACAUACGUACAAACUUGCACUUUAGUAAUAAUGAAGAUACUGUCCCAUCAGGUCAACCCGGUCAUGAUCGCCUCCACAAAAUAAGACCGGUCAUAAACCAUCUGAAUGCUAAAUUUGCUAGUGUACCAAUGGAGGAAUCACUUUCAUUAGAUGAGCAACUUUGUGCUACGAAAGCUAGGCACUACCUCAAACAAUACAUGCCUAUGAAGCCACAUAAAUGGGGCUAUAAGUUGUUUAUUUUGAGCGGAGUGUCAGGUUUCGCCUAUAAGUUUGAAGUGUAUUCUGGGAUGGAAAAUGAUGAGUCACAAAGGUUGGAGAGUGAACCAGACCUUGGAGCCUGUGCCAAUGUAGUGGUUCGGCUUGGACGAUUGAUUCCCGAGAAAAAAAACCAUAGGCUUUAUUUUGACAAUUAUUUUACAACCCCAGGCCUGAUGGUAUUUUUUGAGAAGAAAGGCAUUCACUGCUUGGGAACUGUGCGCCAAAAUAGGUUGCCUGGAGUGAAAGUUCCAAGUAAGAAAGAACUUCUCAAGAAAGAAAGAGGUUAUUCUUCAGAAUGCGUCACAAGAGUUGAAGAUGUGGAUUUGUCAUGUGUGGUGUGGAAAGACAAUAAAGCUGUGACACUUAUGUCAACAUUUGCAGGGGAAAACCCUAAAUGUAAAGUGUCUAGAUUCGAUAAGAAGAAAAAAGAAAUCAUAGAAGUUGAGUGUCCAAAUGUAGUAAGUAUUUACAACAAACACAUGGGUGGCGUAGAUUUGCUGGAUUCAAUAAUUGGUAGAUACAAGAUAAAGCUACGAUCCAAAAAAAUGGUACAUGAAGCUGUUUUAUCAUUUCUUAGAUUUGACUCUUGUAAACAGCUGGUUGCUAUACAGAAGAGUACUUCAAGAGAAGGGAAUCGACAGUAACAUGGGUCUGAGUGACUUCAGAGAAGAAGUAGCUCUGUCUCUUUGUCGCAUGGGACAAAGCAAUAAUAAAAGAGGAAGACCAAGUCAAGAAUUGGAGAAUGCACUACAAGAGAAGAAGAAAAAAGCAAAUGCUGCACCAGUACCAACUGCAGAUAUAAGAUUGGAUGGAUAUUGUCAUUGGCCAGUCUGGAUGGAUUCUCGACAGCGAUGCAAGAUACCUUCGUGCAAGUCUCUUUCAUACACAAAAUGUGAAAAAUGUCGUGUGCACCUGUGCUACAAGAAAGACAGCAAUUGUUUUAAAAUAUAUCAUACCAGUUAGGAGAAAUGAACAGAAAAUAAUGUGUUUAGUAAGACAGUAAUUUCUGAAUAGUGAUUUCAUGUGAUAUUAUUUAUAUUUUGCACUCAAGAUGCAUGAUGUAUCAUUAAUGAUACAACCAAAAAUUUUGUCAUAUACAUCAUAUGCAUAAACUUUAAUUUUUUUUAAUAUUUUUCUGUUAACUAAACCAUUUUUAACAAUGUAUAUACAUUUUUUCAAAAAUUGUUAGAAAAAUCAUGUAGUGUAGGGUUAAGUUUUAUAUUUAUUCAUAAAAAUAAACUUUAACAUUAAUAUAAUGCAAUUAUUUAGGUAGCCUACUUACUUUUUUGAUUGUAUUUGUGAUUUUAUCAUUUUUAUGUCCGCGUCAGGAUCCUACUUCUUCCAUACUUGUACAAGAGCUUGGUGUCCUUUAUAUUUUAAAUUUUUGUUUCCAUAAACUUCUUUAUUCUUCAACUGCCACAGUGCUGGGUGGGCUCUAUACACUUCAAUAAAUUGUCUUAUCACAUGUUUUGGUACAUUUCUGAUGUCACCUUUAUCACCCUUAUCACCUUCUUCAUUAGGUACAUGCUCCUGUGACUCCAUAUACUCAACUAGCUGCCCGACCCGGCUUCGCACGGCUAUACUAAUGGAAAAAAAUUAAGCCACAUAUCCCAUUUACAGUAAUGGUAAAUUAAAAAAAAUUCAGUGAAAAUUUAUUACAAUGCUGUACAAUGUACGGGAGAGAAAAUGAAAAGCACCGAUGGUUUCCCGACUCGUGCACGCAACGUACAACUGAUGUACCCGUACUUCGCUAUGGCAGUCUAUAGGCAGAUCACUCUUGCGCCGCUCAUUAUACAUGCCCCUCCUUGAGGGUACGCCACUGCCGCGCGAUGCCCUGUCCAUGGAGACGCAGAAGGCAUGAACAAUGCAAAAUCCUGUUCUCAUGCAGACAAAGAACCCACUGUUGCCUGGUUUUAACCACCCAUGGGAUCUAAUUUUCGCAAAAUGUCAUCCUGCGUAACAUAAGGAACAUUACUUUGAAGUUUCAAGUCUGUAAAAUAUAUAUACUUGAAAAAAGGGCAAUAAAAAAACAAAUAAACACAGAGAGAGGAAAAAAAAAAAAA